UCGGUGCUGGCGGUAUCUCUCGGAGUAGUACGUACGUUACGUCGGUCAUACGGGAACGUCAGUGUGUGCGGGGAUUCUCCGGUUCUUUUUUUUUCUGGUUGGUGAGGAAGGUCCACCGUAGGACCACCUUCAAGGGUCUGGAGAUUUUAGAGCGGGGGCUAGUGUGUGGUUCGAUCUAAUUCAAUCUAAUCAUCUCUUCAUCGUUUCCGGGGGGAUUGUUCCGGGCCCGAAGAACUGAACGCCAGGAGUUGCCCGGUGGUGGUGUUACAGUGGGAGAAAAACGUAAACGUGGUGACUCACCGCAGCUUGGGUGGUUCGAGGAAGAAGUUGGUGAUUCUGAAUUAAAUAUUAAUCGGUAGAUGGUCCCGACUGCCGUAAGGCUGGCAUAAGGCUCCUGAAGCUCCUGACCCAGAGUGGAUAGAUAUCAAACGGAUAGGUUGGUGUGCUUUCUGCUUCCGUAACGGAUAGUCUCCAGAGGUCAUAAAGUUGUGAACCUUAAUUCGUUUUCGCCGAACCGUGGACGGAGCGCAAUAAACCUUUCGGGAUUUCGAACCGUUUCUGGACGAGGAUCCUCAACCCGAAGAACCGUGGUGGGGGAGGUCGCGGUGCUGACCGACAGUUGCAAAGUUUAAUGGAGUGCUAAUCGAUGAUAUUAUUCAACCACGACAUCGACUGCUGCAGCGCUGCUACUACAGCUAAUAUUUGGUGAAAUAUAUUGUGCAUGAAAUUGGAUAAUUACUUGGCCACAUGAGAUAAUCCGUUCCGUUCCGUUGGUGAAGUCCAAGUGUUCAAGUGUUACUGCAGAUACUGCAAAUUAGUGUGUGAUUAGUGCUUGAUGACAACAACAGUUCUCGCAAGUCUGCUGUUCCAGAAUCAGCAAACCUGAAGAAGAAUAUUUACUUGGUGAUUUCAAGAAAAAAAAGUCGUCAAAUUUAUCCAAUCGGAAAAUCUACACAGUGUGUCUAAACCCCGAGGGAAAAUUAGUGCGGUUCCAGAUAAGGAAAAGUGUGCGUGUGCGAGUGUGUUUCUGUGUUUCUUUCCACAAAAGCAAGGAUUAUCUCGCCGUUUUCUGGUUGUCUGGUUGGUAAGCUGAAGUUGGAGGACUAAGCUCGAGAAAGGAAGCAGAACUUCGAGGUGGAAAGGGGAACGAAGAACGGACUAUUAAUUCGUCCGACCGUCCGACUCGACUUGGAUUACAACACGGAGGCGCAGGCCGUUAUCAUGUUUCUAUAAUAAAUAAAAGAUGGUAGACGAUCUGAGUUGAUAAAAAAUGGAUUUCAAGGAGAUAAUACUGCUGCUAUGUUUGGUAUUAACAUUCGCAAGGGCAACCCACAAAGAUAUCAAAAGUUUGAAUGAAACACUGAGCAGUUGGAACCCGUCCGACACCGAUCCGGAGGAUGAGGACGACGAGGAGGUUCAGAAACGCGCGAAAGCGCAGGGUUGGUCAUCGUGGACCGAAUGGUCAACCUGUUCCCGAUCUUGCGACGGCGGUGUAGCGUAUCAGCUGCGCCGAUGCCACGCGCCCCACGGCUGCAAGGGCGACGCCGUGCGGUACAAGAUCUGCAACAUGCAGCCAUGUCCGGAGCUGCAGGACUUUCGUGCCCACCAGUGUGCCGCGUACGACGACGUGCCCUACGAUGGGGCCCUGCUCAAGUGGACACCCCACUACGACUACUCGGAGCCGUGCGCUCUGACGUGCCGGGGUCGACCCCAGCACCUGUUGGAGGACAUGCCGGACUCGGCGGCCGCCAGCGAGUCCUUUCCGCCGGUGGUGGGCGAUGACGAGCCCAGCGUGAUAGUGCAGCUGUCCAACCGGGUCCAGGACGGGACCAGGUGCCGGCCGGGAAGUUUGGACAUGUGCAUCCAGGGCAAGUGCCAGCGCGUUGGAUGUGACCUUAAAAUUGGCUCGACCAAAAAAAUCGACGUCUGCGGGGUGUGCGGGGGCGACGGGACGUCCUGCACCCAGCCGCUGUAUCAAUGGGAGAUUGCACCGAUGUCACUGUGCUCCGUUACGUGCGGGGGAGGAUACAAAAUGGCAAUGCCAACCUGCCGCAAUCGGGUCACCGGAGUGGACGUCGAGGAGUCCCUGUGCAACGCCUCCUCCCGACCGGAACCCACCGUGGUCCAGUGCAACACGCACCUCUGCCCACCAAAAUGGGUAACCGACGAUUGGCGGCCCUGCUCGAAGUCCUGCGGCGGCGGCAUCCGCGACCGGGUCGUGGUGUGUGCCGAGGAGAGCAACGGGUCCAAAAAUAAAGUCCCGGACGAGGCGUGCCGGGGCGUGCGACCCAAAAGCCAGGAGGCGUGCAACGUGCAGGAGUGCCCCAAGUGGAUCGUGGGCGAGUGGAGCGGGUGCUCGGUAUCGUGCGGCGGCGGCAUCCAGAUUCGCAGCGUCGAGUGCAUGGACUCGAGUGGCCACUACAGCAACCAGUGCGAUCCGAAGAGCAAACCCGCUUCCGGCCAACAGUGCACGACCGGAAUCGGUUGCACCGGGGAUUCUUCCUCCUCCUCCUCCUCGGCAGUAGCUCCGGCCAGCAGCAGAUCCGCCGAUUCUGGAUCGGACUCCGGGGGGAAGGAAAAGUUGCCACCCCACGAGCAACAGGAGCAACGCGAUCCCACGCUAAUGACCUACAACGAUCAGCCGUACUACGCCCAACCCCUGCGCCAGGACCGGCUGCCCAAGGCGGAAAAAAUCGUGUCCCAGCGGGUGCCGAGCGAGGCCACUUUCAUCCAGGACACAGAGUGGUCCCCGUGCAGCGUGACGUGCGGCGAGGGCAUCCGGCGGAAGCCGUUCCGCUGCAAGAUCUUCCUCGAGUUCUCCAAGCGCGUUGCCAUCCUGAACGACUCGCUGUGCCACGCGUACAAACCGCUGGACGAGGUCGAACGGUGCGUGAUGGAGCCGUGCUCGUACUCGCACAACUUCGAGGAGUCGUACCUAAAGGAUGGCAACCGGCAAAAUCUGGACGGAAUCAAGGUGCAGGCAGCAGUUCCUGGCAAAACGUACUCCUGGCGAGAGGAAGGCUACACCAGCUGUAGUGCGUCCUGCCUGGGCGGAGUCGAAGAGCUGAUCAUCAACUGCAUCCGUGACGAUACCGGCAAGAUCGUGUCCCCGUUCCUGUGCUCGCCGGAAACGAAACCGGAGGCGCGGAUACGAACCUGUAAUGACAUUCCGUGUCCACCUCGGUGGAACUACUCGGAGUUUACACCGUGCUCGAAGUCCUGUGGGUUCGGAAUCCAGACGCGUGAAGUGACCUGCAUCCACGAGGUUACCCGUGGCGGGGAAAACACCAUGAUCGUACCGAACAGCAUGUGCACCACGAAGCCCCAGCCUGAUCGGCAGUACUGCAACAUCAUUGACUGUCCCGUACGGUGGGAAGUUUCCGAGUGGAGCAAGUGUUCGAAACCCUGUGGCGGUGGUCUCAAGGAGCGUCGCGUCGAGUGCAAGCAGAUCAUGGCCCAGGAACACAAGGUCGAACGGCCGGCAUCGAUGUGCCCCAGCAACAAACCCCCGGACAAGAAGCCCUGCAACAGCAAGGCGUGCGCCCCGGAAGACCAGAAGCCCCCGAUCGCCGGCACCAACUCGACCUUCAUCCAGCACGACCCCAAGAAGAACAAAAUCACGCUGAAAAUAGGCGGCGCAGCAACGGUGUUCUUUGGGACGCAAAUCAAAAUCAAGUGCCCCGUCAAGCGGUUCAACCGGACCAAAAUCCGGUGGGCCAAGGACCAGACGCCGCUGCUCAAGUCCAAGAAGAUCAAGAUAUCGAAGAAGGGCGCGUUGAGAAUUUUGGAUGUGACGUUCCGCGAGGCAGGCGUUUACACCUGCCAUGCCGGGCUGAGUCACGCGGAUCUGCGGCUGUCGGUGAAGCCUAAGCCGGGCGUGGCCGAGCAGAACCAGGGCGACGGAGAUGGGAAGCAUCGCGAGGGAGGGGAUUCCAAUGCGUUGCGGGAUCACUCGUAUGUGGCGAACCAAAAUGGAGGGGAUGAAAAGGGUGGCCGCAGAAACCGUGACCGGAAUCGAGGGAAAAACCGACAACGACAUCCACCGGACACUGUCCAAAAUGCCGAGAGCAGCGUAAUGGAAGACGGGGAGCUCAUGCGGUCCCAGAUGACCGUGUCGGACAGUACGGUGGCGUCGGAUGCGGUGGCCGCGGCCAGUUCCGGCACCCGGACGCUCCCGAUGCCCCACUUCCAGCACCUGCUGGCCAGCCUGCAGCUUCUCUGGCCAUUUCAGACCUUCACCAACUCCAAGGGUCACCAGUGGCUGAUGGAGCACGAGUACAGCCACUUUGACUCGACGGCGGACCGCGAGGAAAAGGACGAACCGGCCAAACCGGUCAACGUGUACGAGCUGCUGAGGGCCAGGGAUGGCGUAGCGGGGGAGGACGCGGACGGAACGCCUGACCACAUCGAGUUCGAGUGGAUGACCACACCGUGGUCCGAGUGUUCGCAAACCUGUGGGACCAACGGGAGCGGAUAUCGGCUCCGCUCGGCCCACUGCAUGGUCAAGCUGGUCAACUCGAGCCACACGGUGGACAACAGCCUGUGCGAGGACGCCGGCCUGCCCGUGCCGGAAACGGUGGAAAAGUGCGGCAACGUCGAGUGUCCCCGGUGGGUCUCGACGGAGUGGUCGCUCUGUUUGCAGUCCAAGUGCUUCACGUGGCACACGGCCCUCCAGAAGCGGGACGUGUUCUGCAAGUUUGGCAACGUCAGCGACAGCGACCUCUGCGACGAGCAGGACAAACCCGUCACCAAGCAGGAGUGCUACAACGAGAUGUGCAAGGGCGUGUGGCGGGUCGAGCCGUGGUCCGAGUGCAACGCGGCCUGUGGUGGCCAAGGCAUCAAGUACCGGAUACUGCAGUGCGUUUGGUUCGGCACCAAGAAGCCGGCCGGCAACGCCUGCAAGGACCAGCCGCGGCCAGCGGUGAUGAAGGUGUGCAAGGGACCACCCUGCAUCUCGAACUUAGCCGAGUGCAAGGACUCGUCGCGGUACUGUAAAAAUGUAAAAACGAUGGGCCUCUGUAGACUGCACCGUUACCAGCAACAGUGUUGCAAAACCUGUAGGUUUAACAUUUACAACUAGAGCCAUCGCUAAAAAAACACACUCACACAAAAAAAAACGAGGAACCAAAAGAACAACAACAUGCAGCGGAUGCGAUAAAAGAUGCAGUUGAACAAGCGCGACGCGACGACAGUUUGUGUUCAAGCCAUGAUCUGAACUUUUAACGCUGAACCGACCUAACUUAUACAUGAAGCAGAGAAAAAAAAAGAACAAACCGAAAUCCUACCAAAACGACUUUGUACCACAAAAACUGAGAGCGUCAACGUUGACUUCCCCCCUGGGUGGAAUGGAAAAGGGGAAGGGGGAAGAAUUUCAAAGCAGGACUAUUGUGUAUUAUAUAUUGAUAUGUAUUAAAAUUCAACUCAAACAAAAGAGAGGGUAAAGCCAAUGAACGAAAACUGAGUAUAUUGGGGAAAAAUAUGUCAUUUACUGUGCUUUAACAGAUGAACAGAAUAUUUAGAGUUAGCUAAGCAAACACAGGUGUAAAUAUUUAACUAAAAGAGUAAAUGAGAAUUAAAAAUUCGAGCAAGAUAUUAGGAUAAACGAGAGGAAACAGAAGGAAAACACUACCGAUAGCAAAUAAUAACUCUAAAACGAGCGAUUUACCGAUUUGUUUUCUAUUUUUGGCUUAUUCCACUCUUUUUAGAAGAUCAGUAAAAAUUGCCAAACAAAACAAAAAACUCACACAGACACUCACACACAUUGUUGCAGCAGUAACGAACGUAUAAACUAAUGAAAGUAUUUUUUCAACUAAGAGAAAAGCUACGAAUCGUUCCUCCGACAAAACAAUUUAAGAAUAAUACAAAAACAAACACGUAAACCAAAAACAACGCAGCAAAAAUUCUGACGUUCGUUUAAGCGGGUGCAUUUAUUAAACAAACAAAAAGAAAACAAAAAUACUCUACGCGUUUAAGUUCUCUUUCACACGAUACUCAAUCAUUGCAGUUUAAAUUUUUAUCACACAUCAAACUCAUGUACAUUUUAAACCCAAACACACACACACACACACGUUCGGAAACUCAAGGACGAAUUAUUAUACUCAUUCUAAGAACGCAACCUCACUUUUGCAAAAUCCUAUUCUAUCACACUCACUCACUCCCUCACUCACUCACACAUACAACCACUUUUAAAUGGACGAUGGAGCAGCAAAGCCUAACUAAAACAACACUUCAAAUUACUGAAAUACCAUACCCUUAGUCUUACAUUCUUAAAACAAAAAAAGUUUAAGAAAGCGAUACUCGAAAAUUCAGUUGAACAAACAAAACCAAUUAAGUCCUAUCCCUAACCAAUCAAGCAACCAAAAUUGUGAUCACCUUAUGUAAAAAGCGAUAACGUAAAUAAAUUCUGUUGAGUUUUCACGGGAUAUAGAAAAGCAAAACCGUACCACCCACACAAAAACAAACCGAGUUGUUAAUUUUGAUGAGCUGGCGAGAG